AAACUAGUUCCAUUUACGCUGCCGAACUGUACGGACGUGGAAACUAACGGACUAUUUUUAAACAUUUUGGAACGUUUUCCGUUAUUAAUUGACUUACAAGUGUAAUUUUAACAAAGUUUUGAACUUAAAAAAGGUGUUUUUGGUUUUAAAGUUUAGUUUUUAGUGAAAAGUUCGUGUGUUAGAGUAAAUUAGGUUGUGGUGCGACGGCUGACUUGGGUUUUAUUUUUAGUUCGGCCUGUUUGGGUGUGUGCGAGAGUAUUUAACGAGACGGGAUCUUUCUUAAUUUAGCGUUGCAUUUAUGUGUAAACCAUGGACAAGAUCUCAAAUAUGAAAACGAGAAAAAAGAGAAAAAGCAAAACGUGAACGAAUUAAAAGAUCUUAAAAACCGGUGGACGCAUUAAAAUUCAAAUAAAAAUACAAAAUAAAUAAUCCAAGCAAACUCGAACCAGACAGGGACUGGGUUCUUUAUAGUGGCUUGAAAGUGAACAAAUAUUAAAAAGGUAAAUCCGGUGCGUACAUAAAAACAACCUAUUCGUACAAAAACAUUUCGACCCUUUCGGAUAAACCAAUACAAAUAAGUAAUCGACAUUUAAAGGUGAUUUUGUUUGAACAUUUCUGGGAUUGCUGCCUCUCGUUGUUUAUUUAGUUGCCUUUGUAACGAUAAAAUACAAAACGGUGAAAGAAUAAACAAAACUCUAUACCCGUUUGUCGUAAACGCGGCCAUUAAAAAUAAAUUUAAAAAUCGAACUCUCCCAGUGAUUAUUAAAAAGUUCAGUCUUCAUUUUGUGUGCGUAUUUUUAUAUAAUAUUAAAAUCGAAGGCUUCUUUAAAACUUUAAAAUCAACACGUUUUGAACUUUUAUAACGUGUGCGCGGAUUUUUUUAAAACAUUCAUUUGUGCGCGUAUUUUUUAAAUAUUAAAAUCGAACACAGCUGAAAUUUUAUUUCGCUUGCGUGGAUUUUUUAAAAAUAGAACACUGCCUAGAGUGCCUAGUAAAUUUUUUUUUUUUAAUUGGACACUCUUUCACGGCUCUGGAUUCCAGCUUUUUAUUGAUUGAUCGUUACGGAAAUUAGUGCUAAAGAGGUGGUAAAUUUUCGCGUGUGAAUUCCAAUAGUGUCAAAGUGGCUGGGGACGAGCAUUUGGACAUGUUGGGGGGCCCGGAGUGGGGCCAGCGGGAGAGCACCCCCCCUAGAGACGCCCCCCUGCCGAGCUUCGGGUUUACGCAGGAGCAGGUCGCGUGCGUAUGCGAGGUCCUCCAGCAAGCUGGUAACAUCGAGCGUCUAGGCCGCUUCCUUUGGUCCCUUCCCGCCUGUGAACGACUGCACGCGCACGAGUCAGUUCUCAAAGCCAAGGCCAUGGUGGCCUUCCACCGAGGCAACUUCAAGGAGCUCUACCGAUUGUUGGAGUCGCACAACUUCAGCGCGCAUAACCAUGCCAAACUGCAGAACCUUUGGCUCAAAGCCCAUUACAUGGAAGCAGAGAGGUUACGAGGGCGGCCUCUAGGCGCAGUUGGCAAAUACAGGGUGAGACGCAAGUUUCCGUUACCCAGGACGAUAUGGGAUGGAGAAGAGACGUCUUAUUGUUUUAAGGAAAAAUCUCGAUCAGUACUCCGAGACUGGUAUCUUCACAAUCCAUAUCCGUCGCCGCGGGAAAAGAGAGAACUAGCUGAAACUACAGGCUUAACCACCGUACAGGUGUCAAACUGGUUCAAAAAUAGAAGACAAAGGGACAGACAAGCAGAACACAAAGAUAGUGGCGGUACCGGUGACAAGCAGCUGGACUCUUCAACAGACGACGACAGCGACGCGCCGCACGCCGCCGCCGCGCACGCGCCGCCGCUCUACCCGCUGUACGAGCACCCCCUCGCGCAUCUGCAGUACCACCACUCGUGACAGUACCAGUAGCCCUGAGCGAAGCGAGCGCGGAAUUUUCCAUUCGAAAGCUCUCUGUUCCUGAUAAACUCGAGGCAGAAAAACUAAUCUGAGACAUACUUAGGUAUUAGACAUUACAUACCUAUGUACCUACCUGGUUUUGAGUAAUUAGUAUGUUUUCAACUCUUUUGAGGCCAAAAAACGACUUCCAAAACCACUACAAAGUAAAAAAAUAAUUUUUGUUUCUACACGUGUAUGUAUGUAGUCGGGCGAGCUUCACGCUUAGAUUCCUAGUUUCUUUCAUAAUGCUCGCUCGACUUCAACAUAUAAAACAUUGUGACAACGGGCUGAAUUGAGAACCCCCUCCUUUUUGGAAAUCGGUUAAAAAUUAAGUCUUAUGUAAAGACUAGUAUAACUUGUGGUUUAAAACUGACUGCCCAUUGUGAUUUUUUUACUUUUACGGGUUUACAUUUUACCCAAUUGCUGCGAAGCCCACAAGCGUGGUUAUGUUUUAACCUGUAUGUAUGUCUAUUCAUAUGUCCGCUCGUAACUACUCAAUGGCUCAACCGAUUUAAGUUUGUAUGAGUAUCACUGGGUACAUAAAAAUUUAAAAAAUAAAACAGGCUGGAAAAGGUGCAGUGUAAACCGCAGUCGGUUUUUUUUUUAAAUUAAGUACUUGUUACUUCAAGCAAUACAUAAAGAUGAAAUUCGAUGCGCCACGGCCGGUGUGCACAGAGCUUUAUAUCUUGAAACUAUUAGACUAGCAAUUUUCUUUUUAAUGAAUUGGCAGUAAUUUUAUUCUAACAUGCCUACUUGAUACACAAUAAUUUAUUAUUUUAAAGGAGUUGAGUUGUUUACUAAGCAAUUUAAAUGGCUUAAGUAUUUUUUUUUCUACAUGAGCAAUAUGAAAUAGUAUGCACCAUGUGAAACGAGUACUGAGUUCGAUUCUCGGAUGAUACAUAGUUUUAAAAGAAUCAUUAAUUGUGAUGAUACCUAUAUCAAAAAUACGAGUAAAUUAUUUCUUACUAAUUAUUACAUUGAGUGUCUUCCAAAAUUCGUAAAAUCCACAUUUGAUUGCUAUUUUUAAGUUUGCUAACCAUUUUAAGUUAUCGAUUUAACCAAAAAGUACCUACGUCAAAUGUGUAUAACGUCACAUCUGUGAAUUUCAUAUUUCAAGCUCUUUUACUAAGCGAGCGUUUUGACGUCCGAUAAAAAGUCGCUGAUUUGACUAGUAGUCAUCAUCCUUAUUGAAUUCGGUAAUAAGAAAUCACAAGUGUAAAUUAAAAAUGUAUAACACCACCGACAAGUGAAGGUUACAGUAACUAGAAAAGAGCUGAUAACUUUCAAACGGCUGAACCGAUUUUCUUGGAUUAUAGCUAAGAACACCUUAUAAAAAUUGGGUAUCAUCCACACCCGCGCGACCAAAAUAACUACCAAGCGGUAAUGUCAGCCGCGCGGGUAUCGCCUCGCACAAUAUUAUGCGUCUACAACAGUCGCAUAGGUGUGUACAGUAUACAGGGUGAAUUCAGAACGCUAGCAAAAACGAAGACAGGUGAUAGUACUGAUGAUUACUGAUA